CAUUCCAAUUACUUUACUUAAUUUCAACAAGCAUAGAUUCUCCAAUCUUAUUAUUCUCUUUGCCAUUACACAAAGCUCAACAACAUAAGCAUUUUGCCAAUUACCCGUUUGAGUUGAAAAUAUGAGCAACAGAAACUUCUCAGCUAGUUCUGGUAGUGGAAAUGCUAGCAGGACAUUUGAGUUUGGAAGGACUCAUGUGGUUAGACCUAAAGGGAAGCAUCAAGCAACUAUUGUUUGGCUACAUGGUAUUGGCGAUAACGGCUCGAGCUGGUCCCAACUAUUGGAAACUCUUCCUCUUCCAAAUAUUAAAUGGAUUUGUCCAACUGCUCCUACGCGGCCUGUAGCCUUAUUUGGUGGAUUUCCUUGCACUGCUUGGUCUGAUGUUGGUGAUAUUUCAGAAGACGCUCCUAAUGAUUUGGAGGGUUUAGAUGCUUCUGCAGCACAUGUUGCCAAUCUUUUGUCAACAGAGCCUCCAAAUAUCAUACUCGGUAUUGGUGGCUUCAGUAAUGGUGCUGCAACUGCACUGUACUCAGCUACAUGUCAUGUUCUGGGACACUAUGGAAAUGGAAACAUUUACCCUAUUAACUUAAGCGCAAUUGUUUCAUUAAGUGGCUGGCUUCCUUGUUCAAGGACCUUAAGAAACCAGAUCGGAGGAUCACGUGAUGGUAUAAGGCGUGCAACAUCGUUGCCCUUAUUUAUCGGCCAUGGAAGCGCUGAUGAUGUGGUUGCAUAUGAACAUGGAGAGAAUUCUGCAAGGACCUUAAGCUCAGCUGGAUUCCAGAAUCUUAUAUUCAGAAGCUACAAUGGGUUAGGUCACUAUACAGUUCCUGAAGAGACUGAUGAAGUUUGCAGAUGGCUAACUGCAAAUUUGGCACUUGAGGGGUUAAGGUUGAACUAGAGAAGUAAAGCUUAAUCAUCAUGUUAUAGAUAUAGAAGCAUACUUUCAAUUUAAGCAAUUAAAAAAGGGGUUACAGAAUAGAUAGUGGUGUGGGGUAUAUUGGUAAUGGUAUAGCCUCUUCAUUCUCUCUCUACUAUUAUCUUGGCACUAAAUAAAACUUUUAUUUCUCCCCUUCAAGGGUUACUCAUUUUUAUUCUUCUGUGGGAUUGGAAAUGCUUUGGUGGGAAGACAUGGACAUGGAUAAUUUGCUCUACAUCUAGCAAAUUUUUAUUCAGCCAUGGUUAUGUAUGUUGCUUUAUGUAUUUCUAUUAUGUCUUUGAGACAAAAUGUAAUAAGCCAAACGUGAAUAAAACGAGUGCUAGAGUUCAUUAUAUCA